UCAAGAUGGCGCUGCUCGCGAUACAUUCUUGGCGCUGGGCAGCCGCGGCGGUUGCUUUCGAAAAGCACAAGCAUUCGGCAGUUCUGACCCGGUCUCUAGUCUCCAUCUGUGGCUCAGGGCCGCGGUGGAGUUCGUACCAGCGCGGCGCCUCAGGAAGCGCUCGGCUGUCCCAGACUACUGAAUCAUUAAGGAAUACUACACAGCAGAGAUGGGGAAAAGACAACUCAAGACAGUUACUAGAUGCUACAAAGGUUCUCCAGGCAUGGCCAUUGAUAGAAAAGAGAACAUGUUGGCAUGGGCACGCAGGAGGAGGACUCCAUACAGACCCAAAAGAAGGGUUAAAGGAUGUUGAUACCAGAAAAAUCAUUAAAGCCAUGCUUUCUUAUGUGUGGCCCAAAGACAGGCCAGAUCUACGAGCCAGAGUUGCCAUCUCCCUGGGAUUUUUGGGUGGUGCAAAGGCCAUGAAUAUUGUGGUUCCUUUCAUGUUUAAAUAUGCUGUAGACAGCCUCAACCAGAUGUCGGGAAACAUGCUGAACCUGAGUGAUGCACCAAAUACAGUUGCAACCAUGGCAACAGCAGUUCUGAUUGGCUAUGGUGUAUCAAGAGCUGGAGCUGCCUUUUUCAAUGAAGUUCGAAAUGCAGUAUUUGGCAAAGUAGCACAAAAUUCAAUCCGAAGAAUAGCCAAAAAUGUAUUUCUCCAUCUACACAACUUGGAUCUGGGUUUCCAUCUGAGCAGACAGACAGGAGCUUUAUCUAAGGCUAUUGACAGAGGAACAAGAGGCAUUAGUUUUGUCCUCAGUGCAUUAGUAUUUAAUCUUCUCCCUAUUGUGUUUGAGAUGACGCUUGUCAGUAGUGUUUUGUAUUACAAAUGUGGUGCCCAGUUCGCGUUGGUAACCCUAGGAACACUUGGUGCAUAUACAGCCUUCACAGUUGCAGUUACACGGUGGAGAACUAGAUUUAGAAUAGAAAUGAACAAAGCAGAUAAUGAUGCAGGUAAUGCUGCUAUUGACUCACUGCUGAAUUAUGAAACUGUGAAGUAUUUUAAUAAUGAAAAAUAUGAAGCACAAAGAUAUGAUGGAUUUUUGAAGACAUAUGAGAUGGCUUCAUUGAAAAGUACCUCUACACUGGCUAUGCUGAAUUUUGGCCAAAAUGCUAUUUUCAGUGUCGGAUUAACAGCUAUAAUGGUGCUUGCCAGUCAGGGAAUUAUAGCAGGUGCCCUUACUGUUGGAGAUCUAGUGAUGGUGAAUGGACUGCUUUUUCAACUUUCAUUACCCCUUAACUUCUUGGGAACUGUAUAUAGAGAGACAAGGCAAGCACUCAUAGAUAUGAACACCUUGUUCACUCUGCUCAAGGUAGACACGCGGAUUAAAGACAAGGUGAUGGCAUCUCCCCUUCAAAUAACACCACAGACAGCCACAGUGGCCUUUGAUAAUGUGCAUUUUGAAUACAUUGAAGGACAGAAAGUCCUUAGCGGAGUAUCUUUUGAAGUCCCUGCAGGAAAAAAAGUGGCCAUUGUAGGAGGUAGUGGGUCAGGAAAAAGCACGAUAGUGAGGCUGCUGUUUCGCUUCUAUGAGCCUCAAAAGGGUAGCAUUUACCUUGCUGGUCAAAAUAUACAAGAUGUGAGCCUGGAAAGUCUUCGGCGGGCAGUGGGAGUAGUACCUCAGGAUGCCGUCCUCUUCCAUAAUACUAUCUACUACAACCUCUUAUAUGGAAACAUCAACGCUUCACCAGAGGAAGUAUAUGCAGUAGCAAAAUUAGCUGGUCUUCAUGAUGCAAUUCUUCGAAUGCCACAUGGAUAUGACACGCAAGUAGGAGAACGAGGACUCAAGCUAUCAGGAGGAGAAAAGCAGAGGGUAGCAAUUGCAAGAGCCAUUUUGAAGGAUCCCCCAGUUAUUCUCUAUGAUGAAGCUACUUCAUCAUUAGAUUCAAUUACUGAAGAGACUAUUCUUGGUGCCAUGAGGGAUGUGGUCAAGCACAGAACUUCUAUUUUCAUUGCACAUAGAUUGUCAACAGUGGUUGAUGCAGAUGAAAUCAUCGUCCUGAGCCAGGGGAAGGUAGCUGAACGCGGUACCCACUAUGGUCUGCUUGCUAACUCUAGCAGUAUCUAUUCAGAGAUGUGGCAUACACAAAGCAGCCGUGUACAGAACCAGGAUAGCCUCGGAUGGGAUGCAAAAAAAGAGAGUCUCUCCAAAGAGGAGGAAAGAAAGAAGCUCCAAGAAGAAAUUGUCAACAGUGUGAAAGGCUGUGGGAAUUGUUCCUGCUAAGGAACACAGACAUUUUCUCAUCUUUCUUUUUGUUGUCUUGUUUGGUUUUGAAGUAUGCAUUUGCACUGAAGUAAAACCAGUUCACAAAAACACAAAUCAUACAUUCCCAUUCCUUUAAUCCUAUUAAAUAUGAUUUAUUUAAAGGAGGAUUUGAUUUUUAUGUCUUUCACCAUCUUUUGAAUGUGACAUCUGUAUUUAUCCCCAAAUUAUUUUCUUGUUACUGCCCCAAGUGUGCUCAGUACAUAAUUUUUGUUACCAUUUGAUUUUACCCUACAACUAUGUUUGAAGUCUGACAACCACUUAAUAUCAAUAACCAGAUGAAUUAGAAUGGUUUCUGAAUUUAAGUAGUCUUUAAAAACCUCCUUUAUGCUGACAAGUUGUAAGGAGACCGUUUUUUCUCUUAAAAUUAAACAGGAAUAAAAAGAGAAGUGGAGGUUUUUCUCCUCUUUUCUCCCUCCAGUUAUAUUUCCUUGCCAAUCUGAAAUUUUGUUUGAAAACACGUAAGUUAGAAUUUACAGAAAAAUGAACUAUAUUUUUACUUUGGGCAUUUUACUUUUAGAUACCUAUAAUUAUAGUUUUAUUGUGCCCUUUUUGGAGGAAAAACUCAUAUUGGUGGAUAGAAUAUUCUCUUUAAUCACCACUGCUGCUGUUAUCUAGUGAUUAGUAUUUUAUUUUUACCCCAAAAUUUUUGUUUUGGAUGAAAAUUAAGUUUUCCUUAAAGUCUCACAAACCUUGAUGUUAUUUGAGAGUUAUUAUUCUGCAAAUGAUCCCAAAAGCUUAAUAACCUUUCCUAUUUCCAACUUAAGUGCACUGCUUUUGCUAUCUGAAGUUAUACAGACAGAGAUAUAAGAAAAAAAGAUGUUGUGUAUCCACCACAUGUGUCUGUGUACAUACUCAUACAUUUAUAUAAAUCAGUGUCCACUUAAAACUAUUUAAAAUGUUCAGUAAAUCGGAAGAGAUUCCAUAUAUGCAUAUACUGUUUAGAUGACCAGGUAUCUUAAUCUAUAUUGACACUUCAGAACUGCUAUGUUUAUUAUAAGGCUUUUAUUAUUCAUAAUUUAAUGAAUUCUGUUAAGUCUAACGUAAAAAAGAGACAGUGAUGUAUUCAAGUUUUACUAAAAGAAUAGAAAAUCAUUUUACCUAUUAGAAAUAAUUAUUAAAAUGAGAUACACAUUUCACUUAGAAGCUGUUCUCUUAAGCUAGGCAUCAGGAGGUUGAAGUCAGGAAUUUGAAGCUAGCUUCGGCUAUCUAUGAAGACCCUGUCUCUUAAGGCUGAAAAAGAAAAAAAAAGUUCUUGAUUCAGUAUGAAUUAAAUUUGUUUGAUAGUACCCAUUCAGUUCAAAACACGUGUAUCUCAUGAAUUGCCACAUAAUCAUUUGUAAUGUGGUUUUAUUUCUCAGGAAAGGUCCUAAACUGCUUAUCACAGUGUGGUUUUAAUGUAUUUAAAGUGACAAUUUAGUGUGGGAAAAAUUAGUAUUUUUGAUUUGUAAAUUAGUAUUAGUUAAUAAAUAUCUUUAAUUAUAUUACAAUAGUUUGAUAAUCUGAGGCCAGUAUUUCAGUUAGUCUUUGAAAGCAAAGUAAGUUAUGUGGGAUCUUGCCUUUAAAGUUGGAGGUAUACUUCAGUGUGUCCUGGACUGGGAACUAGCUUUGGUUUGGUUUGUUGUUAUUUCUUACUUUCAAGACAUAGGUAUCAGUGCUGUUCUCAAGGGGUGAGGGAGCACACACAUCCUUUGAAUAAAUCGGUUCCAUUACUAGAGAUGUGGUUAAACUUAUAUAAAAAUCUUACUUCUGUGUUAAUUCUUACACUUACACUGAUGCUGAUGGAGAUGAUGGAACUCAGUUACACAGACUAGGAGUGUGUAAUAAUCAUUAGGAAGAAUUGUUCCUGACAGGUACACAGUAGUGUUCAAAGCAAGUUAUUCUGUGAUAUGGGGAACAUUUUACUCCAGGGAAGUAGGAAUAUUUUCAGGAUAGGGAAAAUUUCCCCACUAAGAUUUUGAAAAUAUGAUUGUAUAUGAUCCCUAAGCCACUGCAGUCAUUAACCUAUUAUCAGCUCACAAAACUUAAAUUAUCUGAAAAAGACAAUUAGUGCAGAGGCCAUAACUAAAUCUUAAAGACAACUUUUUAAAAACUACAUCAUCCUUAGGUAUUUCUAUAGAGGGCGAUAAUAGACUGAGAUGAAAGAAAAGCUUCCUGGGAUGAUUCAGUUAUAGGAAAUGCCAAGAAAAGGGCAUCUAAUUAUAAUAUUCUAAUUUUAUAUCACAACAUUACAUAAUUACACAAAAGGAUAAUGUGUAUAAAUUUUUUAAAAAUUAGUGUUGCAGCAAUUUUUUUAAUGUAUUAGGAAGAAUAAGCUAUAGUUUUCAAAUUUGAGCUCUGAAAACAGGAAAAUUAUGGGGUUCAUUUCUCACAUCUAUUUUAAAUAUUAAAAAAUUUACUUUCUUCCUAUGGGAAUUUCAGUUUACAAAAAUUAACUUGAAACCAAGGUAAUUUAAGAUCAUAAAGAAGGUGGCCAGAUGCCUUGCUGAUCGUCCUUAACAUAGAACUCUCUUGGUAUGCAGAUGGGCUUCUUUGUGAUCAUUGAGAUAUAUGCAUCUGGGCAUAAACAAGCUCAAGAUAUGCAUUGACUUUUCCUCUACGGGGGUUUGUGUCUUUUAUAUACCUUAAGAGAAACAUUCUGUCUUUCCCCUCUAUGUUGACAGAUCUUAGUUUGCGUGGAUAGUUAUUUUUUUAAAACUUGUUUUGUUCUAAAGGCCAGGUAUUUAAAAACUCUGUGAUUCCUUGUUUCUAGAUCCUUUUCCCUACUGCCAUCUUGUUCCUAUUCUUCCUACUUGCUGAAUACAUCACCAACUAGCAACCUUUGCCAGUAUAUAUUCCUAAUUUCCUCAUUUUGCAACGUAUUACAGGGUAUUCUGUUGUGAAUUAGCAGUUUAAAGUGUUUAAAUAUGUUUGUAAUUAUAGUUUCUUUUUAAUUAUAGAAAAAUCCCUUCUUUUCUCCUCUCUGAGUGUAUUGAUUUGGAAUGUAAACUGUAUGGUAAAUCAUAACAUUGAGUGAAACACUCUGGAUAAAGAUGAUUAAGACAAAACAUUUCAGCCAAGCAUUUACCUUACCACAAUUCUCAUGGUUAUAGCAGUCUAUGCAGAUAAUCAUUACUGAAUAAACAUGAUUUCUUUAUGCCUAGAAA